CAUUUCCAAGUUUGAUGAACGAUGUUGUUUCCUUUAUGUCCAUGACAAUUCUGACGACUUUCAAAUCUACUUUUCUACAGAAAACCAAUGUCGUAGAUUCUGUGGGUUGGUGAAAGAAAUUUUAUCUGAUGCAGUUGGCAGUGCUUUGGAACUAGAAGGAGAAAUAGAUGGAGACUCAUUGGAGUAUGAAUAUGAUUAUGAUGAGAAUGGUGACAGAGUAGUUCUAGGCAAAGGUACUUAUGGAAUAGUUUAUGCUGGAAGAGACCUUAGCAAUCAGGUCCGAAUAGCCAUCAAAGAAAUACCUGAGAAAGACAGCAGGUAUUCUCAACCUCUUCAUGAAGAGAUAGCACUGCAUAAAUAUUUAAAGCAUCGAAACAUUGUCCAGUAUCUUGGAUCUGUUUCAGAAGAUGGACACAUUAAGAUCUUUAUGGAGCAGGUACCAGGAGGCAGCCUCUCAGCUCUUCUAAGAUCUAAGUGGGGCCCAAUGAAAGAACCUUCAAUUAAAUUUUACACCAAACAGAUUCUGGAAGGCCUUAAGUAUCUCCAUGAGAACCAGAUUGUACACAGAGAUAUAAAGGGCGAUAAUGUUUUGGUGAACACCUAUAGUGGCGUGGUAAAGAUAUCUGAUUUUGGUACUUCCAAACGGCUGGCAGGAAUCAAUCCAUGCACUGAAACAUUUACAGGAACCUUGCAGUACAUGGCUCCAGAAAUCAUCGAUAAAGGACCACGAGGAUACGGUGCACCAGCUGACAUCUGGUCACUAGGUUGUACCAUUAUUGAAAUGGUGACAGGCAAACCACCAUUUCAUGAACUAGGGGAGCCUCAAGCAGCAAUGUUUAAAGUUGGGAUGUUUAAGAUUCAUCCUGAAAUUCCAGAAUCAGUGUCGCCUGAAACAAGGGCCUUUAUUUUGCUCUGUUUUGAACCUGAUCCUAGUAAACGUGUUACAGCAUCUGAUUUGCUCAGGGAUUCCUUCCUGAAACAAGUAAACAAGAGCAAGAAAAGCAGAAUUGCAUUCAAGCCUUCAGAUUACAAUCGUAAUACAUCCCUCCCACUGCCAAUCCAUGGAGAACAGGCUGGCAGUAGCAGCAGUGAGCAUGGCUCUGUUUCGCCAGACUCUGAUGUACAGCAUGACAUGUUUUUCGAAAGGCCAAAGAGAUCCAUUUCAGAGAUUCAGACAAAGCAUCCUAUUUCCCAUUUACUAAGAGUGCCUGAUGAGGGCUCAGCCUUGGAUGACAGGAGCACCUCUCCUUCCCUUGAGGAUAAGGAUUCCGGUCUGUUUCUGCUGCGGAAGGACAGUGAACGCCGAGCAAUCCUAUAUAAAAUCCUUAAGGAAGAACAAAAUGAAGUUGCUUCCAAUUUGCAGGACUGUAUUGCACAGAGCUCUGAAGAACUGCAACUUUCAGUGGCCCACAUCAAGCAAAUUAUUGGGAUUUUAAGGGACUUCAUACGCUCUCCGGAGCAGAGAGUGAUGGCUUCUACCAUAUCGAAGUUAAAAAUGGAUUUGGACUUUGACAGCACUUCCAUCAAUCAGAUUCAUCUUGUGCUGUUUGGAUUUCAGGAUGCGGUGAACAAAGUAUUAAGAAAUCACUUAAUAAGGCCCCACUGGAUGUUUGCAAUGGAUAACAUAAUUCGCCGUGCAGUCCAAGCAGCAGUCACUAUUCUUAUACCAGAGCUUCGAGCUCACUUUGAGCCAGCAUCAGAAACUGAGGGAGGGGACAAAGACGGCAAUGAAGUAGAGGACAGUUUCCAGUCCACUGAACAAAACAGGGCUGAAGAUCCCGCCAUCACAUCAGGAGUCAGCACCCUUAGUUCUGUGGUGUCGCAUGAGGCUCAGCAGCAGCUUAGCCUGGAGUUAGGCAGACUUAAACAAGAGACCUUAAGGCUUUUGGAAAACCUCAUUCAGAAGGAGAAAGAGUAUCAGACCCUCUUAAGACAAUCUUUGGAGCGAAAAACUCAGGAAUUACGCUUGCUUCGAUUAAAAUUUAAACCCGAAGACUCCCAAUGGUCUGCAGCAACUUUUAGAGAGAAUGCAGACCCUGAGCUCAUGAACUGGCUGAAACAACAAGGAGCAGACUUGGAUACCAUUAAGCGGUUUGUUGAAGAAGAUUAUACACUAAGUGCUGUCCUUAAUGAUAUCACUAAAGAUGAUUUGCACUAUCUUCAACUGCGCGGUGGUCUUCUCUGCAGAAUUUGGAAUGCAAUAUUAAACCACCGACAAACAUCUGGUAAGACCUCAGAGCAGAAGGUUAAAGCUUCGGAAGGAGAACGUGAAAUGGGAAUAAGCAAGUGA